AUGAGCAAGACUAAGACAAUUGAGAAGGAUUCGGAGGCCGAGAAGCCUCAAUGUGUUCUAGAUGCCAAUAGUGUGGGGGAGAUUGAGGUCGAGAAAGGUCCAUUAAGACCCUAUUUGGUGAGUGAACCUCCAAAAAACCUAAAAAAUCUUCGUACCAUCACUUCUGGUAAAGAACGUUUGGCAGUGAUUGUUUUGGCUUUCAUUUCCACUGCAGUUAGACUAUGGGGGCUAUCAAACCCAGACUCCGUGGUGUUUGACGAAGUUCACUUUGGUAAGUUCGCUGCUAAGUACAUCAAGGGUAUUUUCUUCACUGAUGUGCAUCCUCCUUUGGCCAAAAUGCUUUUCGCUGGUGUCGGUUCGUUAGCCGGGUUCACGGGUGACUUCGAGUUUGAUGACAUUGGAUUGGCCUUCCCUGAAACUACCCCAUACUAUGCUAUGAGACUUUUCUCGGCCACUUUGGGUCUAGCCACUGUUUUGUUGAUGUACUUCACUUUACGCUCUUCAGGUGUUAGAAUUUCUAUUGCAUUUAUCGCUGCGCUCAUGUUCGCUGUCGAAAAUUCUUUCGUGACCAUCUCUAGAUACAUUCUUUUGGAUGCCCCAUUGAUUUUCUUCAUCGCAGCUGCCGCAUACUCUUACAAAAGAUACGAAAUCUACCCUACCGAAUCGUUCAAUUCCUACAAAGCAUUGUUGGCAACUGGUGUCUCAUUGGGUUUGGCCGUCUCUUCCAAAUGGGUUGGUCUAUUCACAAUUGGCUGGAUUGGUGCCUUGUCCGUUCUUAAACUUUGGUUUGAUAUCGGUGACUUGAAGAAACCAGUUCAAAAGACUCUGAGACAUAGCGUCAUUAAGGCAAUUUUAUUGCUAGUGACCCCAGCUGUCUUGUACAUGAUAUUCUUCCAAAUUCAUUUCAAAAGUUUGAUCUUCAACAGUGAUGGUGCUGGAUUCUUCUCUUCUGCCUUUAGAAGCACUUUGAUUGGUAACACAAUUCCAAGUGACAUUCCAGCCGAUGUUGGUAUUGGCUCUACUGUAUCUAUCCGUCACACUGGUACCAUGGGUGGAUAUUUGCAUUCUCACAAGCACAUGUACGAAACUGGUUCUAAGCAACAACAAAUUACACUAUAUUCUCAUUUGGACUCCAACAAUGAUUGGGUUAUCGAAUUAUACGACAAGCCAGAAGUCAUUCCAGACACUUUCGAAGGCUUGAAAGAUGGAACAAAAAUCAGAUUGAGACACAAAUUGACCGACCGUAGAUUACAUUCACACGACCACAAACCACCUGUGUCCGAAUCCUCUGAUUGGCAAAAGGAAGUGUCUGCAUACGGUGCAGAAAACUUUACCGGCGAUGCUAACGAUGACUGGAUUGUUGAAAUCGAUAAGGAUGCUUCGGCAAAGGGCGAAGCCCAAGAAUAUGUCAAGGCUUUGGAAACCAAAUUCAGAUUGAGACAUGCUAUGACUGGUUGUUUGCUAUUCUCCCAUGAAGUUAAAUUGCCAAGCUGGGCUUAUGAUCAACAAGAAGUCACCUGCGCUUCUUCUGGUAUUCCAGAAUUAACCUUGUGGUACAUUGAAAGUAACGAAAACCCAUUACUACCUGAAGAUGCUAGAAGAGUAUCCUACAAGACUCCUUCGUUCUUGGAGAAAUUCAUUGAAUCUCAUCAAAGAAUGUGGCACAUCAAUAAGAAUCUAAAGGACCAUCACAUUUACCAAUCCGAUCCUUCUUCAUGGCCAUUUUUGCUACGUGGUAUCUCAUACUGGGCUCAAGACCACAAACAAAUCUACCUUCUAGGUAAUGCUGUCUUAUGGUACGGUGCUACUGCGUUUGUUGGUAUUUUUGUUUUGAUAAUCGUCGCAGAAUUAUUUGCUUGGCAACUCGGAAAGCCAAUUCUACAAGACAAGGAUGUGUUAAAUUUCCAUAUUCAGGCAGGCCACUAUUUGCUAGGUUGGCUAUUGCAUUACGCUCCUUCCUUUUUGAUGGGCAGACAACUAUUCUUGCACCAUUAUCUACCUGCUUAUUACUUUGGUAUUCUAGCUUUCGCCCAUGCUCUCGAAAUUAUUGUCGCAUACGUCUUUAGAUCCAAGAAGCCUGUUGGUUACGGUAUUGUGUUGUCAAUUCUUGCAGCUACUACUGCUUUCUUCUGUUUCUACAAACCACUAAUUUAUGGUACCCCAUGGACCAAAGACCUAUGUUUGAAGAGUCAAAAGCUUGGAAGUAACUGGGAUUACAACUGUCACGCAUUCUUUGAAAAUUACGAAGACUAUAAAAGUUUGGCUACCAAAGUCUCAAACAAUGGCGUUUUACCAUCAAAAACUGCAGUCGCAGAUGCUGAUGGCGAUCCAACUGCGAAGCCACAACACGAGGAGCCUAAGUAUGACAUUGAUGAAAUCUUAAAAGACGAAAAACCUAAAAGAUUUGUGGACGAAAACGGGAGGGAAUUAUCCGAAGAAGAAGUUAAGUCAGCCCUCGCAAACGGUGGUGCCAUUCAAUCUGUAGAAGAACACUUUGUGUAA